AUGCAAAUGAAGUAUGUGAUUACAGUUACUGAGCACUCGUUGCCCGCUGACUUUUCGCUUCUUCCAUUCUUUGAUAAAAUGAAACGAAGUGACAGUGUGAAUGCACCUUUGCUACGACAAUUCAUGUUGUCUAAGCGGCAAUUUUUGGCUUGUCUUUAUGAAAAUCAUAGUCUCAUAAGUGUUCCUUUUGGCAUCGACUUACGUACAUGUGGACAUUAUGUACAUUACAGAUGCUUCAAAGAUUAUCUUUCGGAGCGAGAUCGAGAUCGAUCACUUUUUACUGAUCCUUUAGAAUGGAUUGUUGAUGUUGCUUGUCCAGUUUGUGAUCAAAAAGUUCAUUGUGUCUUACCUACUAUUCCUGAAAUUAGUUUCAAGCCUAAAAGAUUAAAUUUACUCGCUGGAGAAGUAAGUCAUAAAUCGCUUAUCAUCGCAAUUCGUAGUCUCAUGUGGUGUGGGAUUAGACUGCUACAUGAUAGGGUAUUUGAGGAUUUACGCAAAGGUGGUGUCAACAUAUACUACAGCAUGUAUCCCACGAGAAAAAUUAGUGUAGAUGAGGACGGAUCGAGAUAUAUAGAGUAUGACGAACUGUUUGCAAUGUUUGUAAAGUUAUGUCAUGAAUGGACAAAAAAACGGAAGUGUUUUUACGACAGUAAUCCAAAGGAUGUUCAGGCUUUUGCUAUAGGCAUGAUUAGAAGCAAUUGCGAAAGAAACAUUCUGACAUCAGAAAUGAAUUUUGGAAAAGUGAGCAAUGCCGAACUUCCAACUAAAUAUCUUGUUUAUGGAGCGCGAUAUAAAGCAAGCAAACGAGAUCUUCAGUUAGCGAAAUAUGAAUGGAUGCAGCUAACUUAUGCAUUGGGUCAGAAACAUCGAACUGAAAACAACGAAGAUGGAGCAAAAUUUACUGAAAGUUCUGAAAAUUAUGGAGAUAGAAUUUUAGAACUUCCAAAUCCUUGGCUUUGGAAUGAACCUUCAUCUGCAAACGAUGACGAAGAUAGUGAAGACUUUUCUGAAAAAAAUGGUAUACUUCUGGUAUUAUUCGAUUUGAAAGUAACAUUGAUUCGUAUAAGUAUUUAUGUUAUCACUAAUCCAUGGUUGAUAGAACAUGAUAAAAAGGUUACUGCAGUUCUGCAAAUGACAGUAAAUCAAAUGAUGAGAACCAAUGAGCUCACACUAAGUGAUGAAGAAGAAGUAGAUUUGGAAGAAGCUUUAGAAUAUUCCUGUACAGAUAUUUCACGAUUUACUGCACAACUAUGGCACGAAUGUGGCAUACAAGUUUUUGAAGAAGGAUAUGAAAUAGGUCACCAAACCUUCAUGGAUAUUUAUCAAUACCUUACAGGUGAAGAUAAGCUUUCUCUCAAGUUAGUGCCGCUAGCUCAGGUCAAAAGAAUAGUUGAAGCAGUGAAACAGAAAUUAUCGUUUACAAACUUUCUCCAACAUUUUCGUCGUGAACCACUGAUUUGGCGUCGAUUUUCUCUCAUUGAACUACCAAAAACUUUUAAUGAGCUGAAAAUUUGCAUUGGUAAUCGUCGAUGUCCUCAAUGUCGGCAACUUGUCACGCACCAAUAUCUUUGCUUACUUUGUGGUUUUGUGAUGAAUUUGCAUGAGCACUGUCAUAAAAUUCCAUAUUCGCUGCACUUGCAUGCAGUUCAGUGCAACGGAGGUUCUGGAUGCGUAUUCAGUGCAGAAACAAUGAAUGUUAUCAUAACUGAUGAGACUAAUGGAUCGAUUUGGGGCAAAAUUUAUGAAGAAGUAGACUAUGAACCACAAACAACGGAAAAUGUGUGCCCACAACUGGUAUUAUCAGAAGACAAACUGAAUUUACUAACGAAAGAAUACGCACUGAAUACGCAUGAAAUGUAUUAUAUAGAUCUUUGCUAUAUAACUGAGCCGUUGGAAUUCUGA